AUGACGCAGCAACAACCUGCUGCCCUGGAGCAGCUCGACUACAUCAGCCGGCAAUUAAAAUCGAGAGCGGGCGACGAUGUACGCCGACGAGCGGCGUCGCAGUUGAAGAAUCUCGUCAACCUAUGCCACCGAGACCUCAACCCAGAGCAAUUCCAAUCCUUCUGCAACACUGUCCAUACCAGAAUCACACAACUCAUCACACAUGGCGGUGACUCGGCCGAACGACUGGGGGGCAUCUACGCCAUAGAUGCCCUCGUCGACGCGGAUGGCGUUGAUGCCACCAUGAAAUAUACCCGAUUUACCAAUAGCUUGAAGACCAUUCUGCGCGGCAAAGAUAUGAACCCGAUGCGACCAGCUGCUGUUGCGCUCGGUAAACUCUGUCGUCCUGGAGGAUUGCUCAUUUCGGACCUGGUCGAAUCCGAAGUAAAUAUGGCGUUUGAGUGGCUGCAGAACGACCGAGUCGAAGAGCGACGCUACAGUGCCGUUCUAGUGCUUCGAGAGCUCGCCAUCAACGCCCCAACGCUGAUGUAUCAAUACAUCCAAACAGUCUUCGAACUGAUAUGGGUUGGCCUACGAGAUCCUAGGCAGCAAAUUCGAGAGGCAUCAGCCGAGACCGUCAGCGCUUGUUUCCAGAUCAUCCGAGACCGAGACCAGGAAAUGAAGCAAAUUUUCAUGGGGAAAAUCUACAGCGAAUGCAGACAGGGCUUCCGAGUCAAUACGGUAGAGUAUACACAUGGCUCUUUGCUGGUGCUGAAAGAACUUCUUGAACAGGGCGGCAUGUUUAUGCAGGAACACUACCAAGAAGCUUGCGACAUUGUGUUUCGACACAAGGAUCAUCGGGAGCCAACUAUCCGAAAUACAGUGGUGCUUCUGAUACCCGAUUUGGCCAGCUACUCACCGGCCGAUUUUGCCCAAUCGUGGCUGCACAAGUUCAUGGUCUACCUCUCGGGGAUGCUUAAGAAGGACAAGGAACGGAACGACGCUUUCCUCGCUAUCGGAAAUGUUGCCAAUUCUGUCAAGAGCGCAAUCGCACCAUACCUCGAUGGUGUGCUCAUAUACGUCAGAGAAGGGCUAAGCGCUCAGUCGCGCAAGCGAGGGUCUGUGGACCCCGUGUUUGGCUGCAUCAGCCGUCUCGCUGUGGCCGUCGGCCAAACUUUGAGCAAAUACAUGGAGGCACUGCUUGAUCCGAUCUUUGCCUGUGAGCUCACGCCGAAGCUUACGCAGGCGCUGGUUGACAUGGCCUUCUAUAUUCCUCCAGUCAAGCCCACCAUUCAAGAGCGCCUUUUGGAUAUGCUGAGCGUUGUUCUUUGUGGUGAGCCUUUCAAGCAGCUCGGCGCUCCUCAGCCCAACACGCUCGCAUCUGUCCCUGUUAUUGCUAAAGACGGCAGAGACCCACAAGCAUACGAACACCGCCGGGCUGAAGUCAAGCUCGCACUUAAUACGCUGGGAAGCUUUGACUUCACAGGCCAUAUUCUUAAUGAGUUUGUGCGGGACGUGGCAAUCAAAUACGUCGAAGACGAGGACCCAGAAAUCAGGGAGGCUGCUGCACUUACUUGCUGUCAGCUCUACGUUCGCGACCCAAUCGUUAACCAAACAAGCUAUCAUGCUCUCCAAGUUGUUGGCGAUGUAAUCGACAAACUUCUGACCGUGGGUAUCUCUGACCCAGAGCCGAGUAUUCGGGAGAUUGUGCUCGGGGCCCUGGACGAACGAUUCGAUCGCCACCUUGCCAAAGCUGAAAAUAUCCGCAUCCUCUUCUUCGCUCUGAAUGACGAGGCUUUUGCUAUCAGAGAGGUCGCCGUUUCCAUCAUCGGCCGACUAGCCAGAUACAACCCGGCAUACGUCAUUCCCUCGCUUCGCAAAACCCUCAUUCAGAUGCUAACGGAACUUGAAUUUUCGGAUGUGGCACGUAGCAAGGAAGAAAGUGCUAAAUUACUACGUCUGCUUGUCCAGAAUGCGCAGUCGCUUAUCAAGCCGUAUGUCGAACCCAUGAUGUCAGUCCUUCUACCAAAAGCCAGCGAUCCUAACGCGGCUGUCGCGGCUACGAUCCUCAACGCAAUCGGCGAGCUGGCGACGGUAGGCGGUGAAGACAUGCUUCCGUACAAAGACCGCCUCAUGCCUCUGAUUCUGGAAGCCCUUCAAGACCAAAGCUCAAACCCGCGGCGAGAGGCUGCUCUUCACACGCUUGGGCAACUAGCUAGCAACUCUGGCUACGUUAUUCAGCCAUAUCUCGAGUACCCCCAGCUGCUUGAGAACCUGCAGAGCAUCAUUCGCACGGAAGACCAGCGCGGGCCGAUUCGUCAGGAGACUAUUAAACUCAUGGGAAUUCUUGGUGCCCUCGACCCUUACAAGUGUCAACAGGCGGAAGAGCAACCCCUCGACACCCAGUCUCAUGCGGAAACGGGUCCCAUAACCGACAUCUCAUUGAUGAUGAGCGGAUUGACCCCGUCAAACAAGGAGUAUUUCCCGACUGUUGCAAUCAAUGCCCUGCUUCAGAUUCUCAAGGAUCAUUCUCUUGCUCAGCAUCACGCUGCUGUCAUCGAAGCAAUCAUGAACAUUUUCAGAACCCUUGGCCUUGAGUGCGUCUCGUUUUUGGACCGCAUUAUUCCAGCCUUUCUCCAAGUCAUACGGUCAUCGCCCUCAACGAGGUUGGAGUCGUACUUUAAUCAGUUGGCAACGCUGGUCAGCAUCGUACGACAGCACAUUAGGAAUUAUCUCCCUGGCAUCAUUGAGAUUCUGCAAGAAUACUGGAACAAAUCAUCGUCACUACAGUCCACCAUUCUUUCCCUCAUCGAAGCCAUCUCUCGCUCUCUGGAAGGCGAGUUCAAGAUAUUUCUCGCCGGCCUUUUACCAAUGCUGCUUGGUGUGCUCGAGAAAGACACCAGCGUGAAGCGCGCCCCCUCCGAAAGAGUUUUGCAUGCGUUCCUUGUUUUUGGAGCUAGUGCCGAGGAGUACAUGCACCUCAUCAUCCCCGUCAUCGUGCGUACAUUUGAGAAGCCAAUCCAGCCUGUCUUCCUCAGAAAACAGGCCAUUGAGUCCAUCGGCAAGAUUUCCAAGCAGGUCAAUCUCAACGACUAUGCUGCCAAGAUCAUUCAUCCUCUCACUCGCGUGCUUGAUACCGGCGAACCAACGCUGCGAACUGCGGCAUUGGAUACAAUGUGCGCCCUCAUUCAGCAGCUGGGGAGGGACUAUAUCAACUUCAUGGGGACUGUGAACAAAGUGGUCAAUUUGCGACAAAUCCAGCAUGCCAACUAUGAGCUCCUAGUAAGCAAGCUUCAAAAGGGCGAUGCGCUCCCCCAAGAUCUGAAUACCGAGACACGCUACUUCGACCGUGGCCUUGAACCAGCCUUUGCGGAUCUCGGCACCAAAAAACUAGAAAUGAACGCGAUACAUCUGAAGUCUGCCUGGGAUACUAAGGGCAAAUCGACAAAGGAUGACUGGCAAGAAUGGGUGCGAAGGUUCAGCACAACUUUGUUAUCGGAAUCUCCAAAUCAUGCGCUUCGUGCUUGUGCGAGUCUGGCAAGCGGCUACCUCCCUCUGGCGCGAGAGCUUUUCAAUUCUGCUUUCGUAUCUUGCUGGAGUGAACUGUUUGAGCAGUUCCAGGAGGAACUCAUCCAAAACAUAGAGAGCGCCAUCAAGUCUGAGAAUGUUCCACCGGAUCUGCUUGGCCUCCUAUUGAAUCUCGCGGAAUUCAUGGAGCAUGAUGACAAGGCGCUGCCAAUUGACAUUCGGGUUCUUGGCCGGGAGGCUGCGCGAUGCCAUGCUUACGCCAAGGCUCUCCACUACAAGGAACUCGAGUUCCUUCAAGACCAAAGCACCGGUGCAGUGGAGGCUUUGAUCGUGAUCAACAACCAAUUACAACAGUCAGACGCUGCCAUCGGCAUCUUGCGUAAAGCUCAGCUCUAUAAGGAAGGUAUUCAGCUACGUGAGACCUGGUUCGAAAAGCUCGAGCGCUGGGAGGAGGCUCUUGCAUUCUACAACAAGCGUGAAGCCGAAGUACCUGCAGAACAAGCUGUUCCUAUUGACAUUGUUAUGGGCAAGAUGAGAUGUCUCCAUGCGCUCGGCGAGUGGGAUGCCCUCGCCACCCUGACUAGCAACACCUGGCAAAAUUCGGCCCCCGAGGUGCAGCGUAUGAUUGCACCAUUGGCAACUGCAGCAGCCUGGGGGCUUGGCAAAUGGGACGCUAUGGACAACUAUCUGUCUUCACUGAAGCGCAACUCGCCAGACCGCUCCUUCUUUGGCGCCAUUUUAGCUCUGCACAGGAACCAGUUCAAAGAAGCCAUCUCCAAUAUUCAACAGGCUCGCGAGGUCCGUGUUCAGAUGCUUGCCGAGUUGGAAGAACUCAUCGUGUACAAACAGUGCGACGACAAGAAGCGCGCGACGAUGCGAAAGACUUGGGAAACUCGUCUCGAAGGCUGUCAGCGCAAUGUUGAUAUCUGGCAUCGCGUGCUUCGACUCCGUGCUCUGGUCAUUACUCCCGCGGAGAACAUGCGCAUGUGGAUCAAAUUCGCCAAUUUGUGUCGCAAGUCUGGCCGCAUGGGUCUUGCAGAGAAGUCGCUGAAGCAGCUUAUUGGGGUUGAAGCGCCUCUCGAGAAUAUGAUUCCGUUCUGGAAGGAAGGCUCCUCGCUGCCCAAGAACGUUCCAGCGCAGGUUAUAUAUGCGAUGCUCAAGUUCCAAUGGGAGACUGGCCUACAACCUAGCUCCAGCAGCGUGCCCCUGCGUCGCAUAUCGGAACGUACUCUAUACUGCCUGCAGCGGUUCACCAACGAGACUGCUCACCGAUUUGACAUGACAAAGAUGCAUCUGUCGUCUCAGACCGGUACUGAACUUACCACUGCCGACUACGCAUUCCAGAAUCAGGUCGACUCGGCCAUCAUUACGCCGCAAACUCAGCGGGCGCUUAUGGAACAAACUGUGCUGCUGGCGAAAUGCUACCUCCGGCAGGGUGAAUGGCUCAUCGCGCUCAACAAGGAUAACUGGCAGCAUGACAAAAUCGAAGAGAUUCUCACCUCAUAUUCUCAUGCCACGAAGUAUAAUCCACGCUGGUACAAGGCAUGGCAUGCUUGGGCGCUCGCAAACUUUGAGAUUGUUCAAACUCUCACUGCUGGCGCCGAGGGCGAGCUCAGCCGGUCUGAAUCUGCAGGCAUCAUUCUGCACGUUGUUCCUGCUAUCCAAGGCUUCUUCAAGUCCAUUGCGCUCUCUGCCGGCAGCUCACUUCAGGAUACUCUGCGUCUGUUGACGCUCUGGUUCACACAUGGCGGGCAUCCGGAUGUUCACGCAGCCGUCACGGAGGGCUUCGCAAAUGUCAGCGUUGAUACCUGGCUAGAGGCUCUCCCGCAGUUGAUUGCACGCAUCAACCAGCCAAACAUGCGAGUGCAGCAGUCAGUGCACAAUCUACUUGCAGACGUGGGCCGAGCACACCCUCAGGCCUUAGUCUAUCCUCUCACAGUAGCCAUGAAGUCUGUGCAGAGCACUCGCAGAUCGCGCUCUGCAGCACAGAUUAUGGAUAGCAUGCGGCAACACAGCGCGAAUCUGGUGGCUCAGGCUGACGUUGUCAGCCAUGAGCUCAUUCGGGUCGCAGUACUCUGGCAUGAACAAUGGCACGAGGGACUGGAAGAAGCGUCUCGGCUGUAUUUCGGCGACCAAAAUAUCGAGGGCAUGUUCCAGACCCUGGAGCCGCUUCAUAGCUUGCUAGAACGCGGGCCAGAGACCCUGCGUGAGAUCUCAUUUGCGCAAGCAUUCGGUCGCGACUUGAGAGAAGCGCGUGAAUGGUGCCAUCAAUAUGAGACCAGCAGGGAUCUCAAUGAUCUGAACCAGGCCUGGGAUCUCUACUACCAGGUCUUCCGCCGAAUUUCCCGACAACUACCUCAGGUCACCACUCUGGACCUGACAUACUGCUCGCCUAAGCUACUCAACGUCAAGAACCUAGACUUGGCUAUCCCAGGCACAUACCGUAGCGGGCAACUACCCGUGCGAAUCCAAGCGUUCGAACCCACUCUGACAGUCAUCAACUCGAAGCAGCGUCCUCGUAAGAUCACUGCCAGUGGCACAGAUGGGAACGCAUACCCCUUUCUUCUCAAAGGCCACGAAGACAUCCGACAAGACGAGCGCGUCAUGCAGUUGUUCGGUCUCUGCAACACCCUGCUGGCCAGUGAUGCAGAGUGCUUCAAGCGCCACCUCACCAUUCUGCGUUUCCCAGCGAUCCCGUUGUCGCAGAGCUCUGGCCUUAUUGGGUGGAGAUCCAACACUGAUACCCUUCACGUCCUCAUCCGGGAGUACCGCGAGAGCCGCAAGAUUCUUCUUAACAUUGAGCAUCGAAUUAUGUUGCAGAUGGCUCCUGAUUAUGAUAAUCUGACACUUAUGCAAAAAGUAGAGGUCUUUGGCUAUGCUUUGGAUAAUACAACUGGCCAGGAUCUCUACCGUGUGUUGUGGCUGAAAUCCAAGUCAUCUGAGGCUUGGCUCGAGCGGCGCACCAACUACACCCGAUCUCUGGGUGUCAUGUCGAUGGUUGGGUAUAUUCUGGGUCUAGGCGACCGUCAUCCUUCCAAUCUUAUGCUUGAUCGCCUCAACGGGCACAUCUUCCAUAUUGAUUUCGGCGACUGUUUCGAGGUUGCAAUGAAACGGGAAAAGUACCCCGAGCGGGUGCCAUUCCGUCUGACUCGCAUGCUUACCUACGCAAUGGAAGUAAGCAAUAUCGAGGGAAGCUUCCGAAUUACAUGCGAACAUGUUAUGCGCAUUCUAAGAGACAACAAGGAGAGUGUCAUGGCGGUCUUGGAGGCUUUCAUCCACGAUCCUUUACUCACUUGGCGUCUAACAAACACGGCCUCGCCCGCCGGACCAAACUUCCGUACGGAGCGAGAUGCGGCACUCAUCGGUCUAAACGCCGGUGGCAGAGCACGCCGAGCGUCCAUUUUGGACGCCGACAUUGCACCGUCGGAACUCAUGGCCAAUGGCAAUGCCGUCGGGCCGCUGGCCACUCGUCCCAGAGCCAGAACCAACAGUGGAACCGAACCCGACGGCGCGAAUGGCGCCGCUCAAGACACGGAGACGCAGAAUGCCAGGGCUGUCGAGGUCCUGGACCGCGUCGUGCAGAAGCUUAAUGGCCGCGACUUCAAGGAGAAUGAGGAGCUCGACGUUGUGAACCAAGUAAACAAACUCAUCAUUGAAGCGACGAAGCUGGAAAAUCUCUGUCAGCACUAUAUAGGGUGGUGCAGUUUCUGGUAG